AUGGCGAGGACGCCGCACGCCGUGGUGGUUCCCUAUCCGGGCUCCGGCAACAUCAACCCGGCGCUUCAACUGGCCAAGCUGCUGCACCACCACGGCGUAUAUAUCACCUUCGUCAACACCGAGCACAACCACCGCCGCGUGCAGGCCACCGAGGGCGCCAGCGCCGUGCGCGGUCGCGAGGGGUUCCGGUUCGAGGCGAUCCUGGACGGGCUGGUCGAGGCUGACCGGGACGCCGGGGACUACGACAUCGGCCUGUCAGCCGCCACCAGCCACCGGUGCGCGGAGCCGCUGAGGGAGCUCGUCCGGCGGCUCAACGGCAUGGCCGAUGUGCCGCCAGUGACGUGCAUCUUGCCGACGGCGCUCAUGAGCUUCGCGCUGGACGUGGCGCGGGAGCUGGGCAUACCGAGCAUGGUGCUAUGGGGUGGCAGCGCCGCCUCGCUCAUGGGUCACAUGAGGCUCCGGGAGCUCCAGGAAAGAGGCUACCUCCCACUCAAAGCCGAGAGUUGCCUCACGAACGGCCACCUCAAGAGGACAGUCAUCGACUGGAUCCCCGGUAUUCCGCCGAUCAGCCUCGGGGACAUCUCAAGCUUCGUCCGCACCACCGACCCCGACGAGUUCGGCCUCCGGUUCAACAUCGUAGAGGCAAACGGCUGCACUAAGGCUGGGGCGCUCAUCCUCAACACCUUCGACGACCUCGAGGCCGACGUCUUGGAGGCACUCCGCACCGAGUACCCGUGCAUCUACACCAUCGGGCCCCUGGGAUCCCUCCUCAGCCAGCACAUCACGGACAAUGAUGAAUCCUUCCCCGGCGGCCUGAGCCUGUGGAAGCAGGACACAGAGUGUCUCGCGUGGCUGGACAUGCAAGGACCAAGGUCUGUCGUGUACGCCAACUUCGGCAGCCUCACGGUCCUCACAGCCGACCAGCUCGCCGAGUUCGCGUGGGGCCUCGCCGCCAGCGGCCAUCCAUUUCUCUGGUCCAUCAGGGACAACCUCGUCCCCGGCGAAGGCGCUGGGCUGAGCUCCCUGCCGCCGGAGUUCAUCUCAGCGACGGCAGGGCGGUGCUUCCUCACCACGUGGUGCCCGCAGGAGCAGGUACUGCGGCACCCGGCGGUGGGGUGCUUCAUGACACACAACGGGUGGAACUCCACCUGCGAGAGCAUGGCGGCUGGGGUGCCGAUGGUGUGUUGGCCGGUGUUCGCCGACCAGUACACCAUCUGCAAGUACGCAUGCGAGGAGUGGGGCGUGGGCCUCCGGCUUGAUGACAAUGUAAAGCGGGAGCAGGUCGCCGGCCACGUCAGGCAGGCGAUGAAGUCGGAGGAGAUGCGGAGGAGUGCGGCGGGGUGGAAGGCCAAGGCAAAGCAUGCCACUGCCCCCGGUGGCGGUGGGUCUUCGUACGAGAACUUGCAGAGCAUGGUGACAGCACUCGGCCAUGUCAGCUGUUAA